GUCUUGGAUGAUAAUGAAGGCGAUAAACAAAAAGAAUUUGUACCUUCAAUUGAGAGUAAUAACAGUAAAAAUUAUGACGGGAAGAAUUUAUCAGCUGGGAUAUCUUUUGAAGAUAUUCUAGAAAAUAAUAAGGCUAAUCAUGAAGAAAAAGAUAAGUUAACUGACAAUGAUGUUGAAAAAAGUUUAGCAGAAGCGGACAUCAUCAAUAUAAGUUUGGAUAACCCUUCAAUAUUAAAUAGAGAACUUUUCAAUAUAUUAAAAGAAAAAGCGUAUUCCCAACCUCCACCCCACAUCAAGAUUGAUGGACUUAAAAAGUGGAUACAAGAAAACUAUGCUCGCAAGUUAACCACCAUGAUGUCAAAUAUUCGAUCAGUAACAACCAUUGAAGAUUUUGAUGCAAAACAGCUUAUGCAAUUUCAAGCUAGGCAUGGCAAAAAACUCGACUUACUUAUAGAUAAAAAUACAUACACAUCAACAAUAGUAUCUCCUGAUUUUGAAAUGCUAAAAUUUUGUUUUCUGAAAUUAUUCAUCAGCAGAUGGAAUGAAAAUGAUGUUCCUUCAUCUAAAUGGCAUUGUGAAAUAGUUUACUGUGAUAGUAACACCUCUGCAUGUAAAGCAGAUGGUAUUCUUUUUAAUUAUGGAAAUAUUAGUCAAAAAUUCUUACUUUUUGAGAAUAUCAGCCUACAAUUAAAGACCCAAAAUCCCAAGUAUAAUAGUGAUCUUUUAAAAUGUUUUCGAAACUCUGUAGAUUCGAUUUGCAAAACUUUCUGGAAUGGAAAUAGAGACGACAAAGAUGAAUUAUUUAGAUUGAAUUUGGGUGCCUCUAAAACCUUUGUUGCUGAAAGAAUAUUAACAGUUAAUUAUCCUUUUGAGUAUUCGACUUUUCCUUGCAUUGUCAAUAUUAUCGAUCUUCUUUUCACAGUUAAG